AUGGAAAAAAAUAAAAAGGAAAGUACCAUAAAAAUAUCUCUUAAUAUAAAUACAAAAUUAAACGAUACUUAUUUGGAUGAGCAAAAUGAUAUAAUAAAUGAGGUGCCAAUUAAGAAUAAUAAUAAGGAAAUUAUCCAUUCCCUGAAUCUUAUUGAAAACAUUCGACAUGGGACCUUCGAUUACAAGGAUCUCAAAGAAGUUUAUUUUAUGAACGACAAUGAUUUGUUCGACAUGCUAAACGAUAAGAAAGCCUCAGAAGAAAAGGGGAAAGGUAAUAAAGAAGACGCACAUAAUAAUAAUAAUAAUAAUAUUGAUAAUAAGAUAUGUAAUAAUGAUAAAGUUAGUGAUAAAAAUAAAAAUUCAAGUAACAAUAAUAAUGAUAUAAAUAUUGAGAAUGAAGGUGAUAAAAAUUAUAAUUUUAAUAUAAACAAUGAGACAAAUAUAUUUGUUGUUGAUAAUGAUGUAGAUAAAGUAUGUAUUAUUCGAUUCCCUUUUUCUGUUUCAAAAGAUAUUAAAAAAUAUUUAUUACAAAAAAAUUUAGAUAUUGUUAUUCAACCAACUACUUUAUUAAAUUCAAGAUUUUUUCUUAUUCAUUUUAAAAAUAUAAAUAAAAAAUUCCAUGGAAUUUUAUUGGAAUUAUCUACACAUAUAGAAAUACAUAAAACAUUAGAUAGAAAUAAUUUAUAUAAAGCAAAUGAUGUUUCUCAAAUGAUAUAUGUUUAUGAACAUAGUACAAAUAGUAAAGAACUCUUAAAAAAAUUUAUAAAUAAUAAUUUCGAACUAUGUACAGGUAUUAGUAAUAAACUUAAUCAUUUCAAUUUUCAAAAUCAUACAAAAUUAUUCAAAUAUCAUGAUAUAUUUUUUGCUGAAAAACUUAUAUAUGAAUAUUUAAAUACACCAUUUUAUGAUUAUUAUGAUUUAUAUGUAAAAACAUUUAAUGAAAUGCAUAAUCAUAUAAUUAUGGAAAAACAAAAUAAUAACAAACAAAAUGAAAUUGUUGAUGAAACAACAGAUCUAGCAACCAUACUAGGAUCCUUAGAUAAUUCUUAUAAUAUUAUGAAUAUAAUUGAAAAACAAGAUGGAGAUAUCGAUUUCGAAGCAUUAUUAAGUUAUGAUAUAGAAAAGGACAAUUAUGAAUCGGACGUCUCAGACUUAUUACUGGGUGGCACCUAUUAUUUGCAAAAAAAAUAA